AUGAAUUUUAACGUCCACAAGACCAAGAAUAGCCAUGGUACAGAAAUCAGUGUUUUGGGUUCCCGUAGGGAACAAACUUCAGAAUCAAAUUGCAGGCACCUCACAUCAGGAAGUACAGCGUUGUGAGGAACGCCAAAUUGCUACACCUACCACAGUUUCCAAGUGCCAUUAGUCUGCAGAAUGUUCAAGACAAAUUUCCAAAUCUAGGAAAGUGUAAAGAACACACCUUUUACAGGGGCAUCAACAGAGCAAGCAUAGACAUUUCGAAGAAAGUUUUCUUGGAGAGAAGAAUGUGAGUAAUAUUACAACCUAGGGCAUGCACCCAUAUGCGAAGUUCAAGGGUUUUAGUAAUAUGAAAACCUAGUCACUUACACCCAGAUGCUUGCUUCUGAAUUUGGAAGAAUAACUUUUAUAUACUUCCAUAAGCAUCUUUGACGUUGUUGAAGAACACCUAAGAAUCUGUGAUUCUAGAUCUGUAUAAUGUCCAAAUCUUAUGAGUUUUAGAGAAUAUUUGUAGUGGCAGAUGAUGAUAAAAAUGAGUUUGAGAAGCAGGGGUAUGAACAUGGUUUCGAUGGAAAUAAGCCCAAAGUUGGAGCAAAUGAACUUUUGCAGACUGAUAAACCAAGGAGGAAGCACUGGAUUGCCUGAUUUACGAGCAAGAGUCACAUCAGUAGUGACAGAUUCAGGACUUGCAGGAGGGGAGGAGCUGAUAUUGCAACAUGAUAAUCAGCAAGGGGAAAGAUACAUAAGAAGAAUACAAGAAAAGUCCGAAACUAUAGAAACUGAACAACCCAAAAGUCUGAAUUUCAGGGAAGAAGAAGAAUUAAUCAACAAUGUAUGCACGGUGUUGAGAGAGCAUCAUUCCAAGAGUCGGUGGAAUUAUCUAAAAAAAAUGUAUCCCCAAGGACUGACUACAGAGCAAGUGAUUCGUGUUUUGAUUAAGAUAAGAAACAAAGCUCAUCUGGCUCUCAGUUUUUUUGAAUGGGCAGGAAAGCAACAGGGUUUCCGGCACACUAUACAAACUUACUGUACAAUCAUUCAUAUAAUUGCAAAAGCAAGAAUGAUUCGGGAUGCACAGGCCCUUAUGCAGAAGGUUUUGGUCGAAGAAUGUAAGUCUGAAAAUGCAGAUUCCCAGGCGUUUGAAGUUCUUGUCAAGACUUAUAGAGCUUGCAAUUCGUGCCCUGCUGUAUUUGACAUGCUAAUCAAGGCAUAUAUGCAGGCAAGAAGGAUUGAUCAGGCUAUCGACAUGUUUCAUUGCCUUAAGCGUCAUUCAUUUCUUCCUACAGUGAGCACUUGUAACAAACUGCUUCAUUCUGUGGCAAUGUGGAGUGCAUCAGGUGAAUGUUUAGAAUUAUACAGGGAGAUGCUUGCGAGCAAAAUCAUUCCUAAUAUUCAAACUUUUAACACACUGAUGCUGGGACUCUGUAGAGAUAACGAGUUGAAGCUUGCACAGGAGAUAUUUGCUGAAAUGAAAGAGGCGGGCUGUUCUGCAAGCCUAUUCAGUUACAAUAUUCUAAUAGAUGGACUUUGCGGCACAGGAAACAUCCAUGAUGCUAUGAUUCUUUGGGAUGAAAUGAAACAGAACGGCCUUAUACCAGAUAUUGUUUCCUACAAUACCCUGAUUAGUGGACUCUGCAAGAACAACAAGAUGCAAGAAGCAGACGUUCUUUUACACCAAAUAUUUGAGGAGAACUUGGUUCCCACUCGCCUCACUUACUGCACUCUCAUUGCUGGACAUUGUAAAAAUGACAACAUAGAGGAAAGCAUGGUGCUUUAUGAUGAAAUGACCCGAUAUGGUCUUGUUCCCGAUGCUGCCACAUAUGGUAAAAUCAUUGAAAAAUUAUUCAUGAAAAGCAAGAUGGAUGAUGCAAUCAAAUUCUUGCAAGACAUAUCAAAUAGGGGUUUUAAGCAAUCUCAUUCUACUUACAGGAGUAUGAUUUUGGGAUAUUGCCAUCAGGGUGAUUUGGAAGAAGCAUUGAAGGUACAAGAUGAAAUGGCAAAGAUGGGUUUUGAGCCUGAUAUUGGAACAUACAAUGCGUUCAUUGAAGCAUUUUGUAAAAAAGGAGAAAGCACAAAUGCUUACCAACUCAUACAGGAAAUAUUAGAAAUUGGACUGGUUCCAGAUAAUGCUACUUACAAGAUAGUUAUUGAUGCACUUAUGGCAGAUGGCAACAUGGAUGGCGCUUUGAAUCUGAAGAAUCAAAUGCUUGAAAACAAACCUGAAGAUAAUUUUUGAACUAAAAGAAUUCAUAGGGUAGGUAGAAAACACAGGAAGCUGAUGUGGAAAAUCAUGGUGAAAAAAGUAGCUGUCUGAUGGAUUUGUGGCUCCAUAUGGUGAUUUAAAAAAAAGCACAACACCAAGAAAGAUACUUGAGGGAGGCUUUGAGAUCACCUAAGAAAGGUACUCUGUAUAAUUUGAAGAAAUUGAAAGUCAAAAUACAUAUAUAUAGAGUUAGAAAUGCAUUUUACAUUGCAUCAAAGAUCAUGAUAAUUACAUCAGCUUGGCAACAAAAAUAACCUGGAAAUAUUUGCCCUAUGAACUCCAGAAAAUUUGGAAUGUUAAGCCUGUGCCCAGAGAGACAGAUUCAAUAUCUCUAUGAAAACUAACAUGCUUAUCUUUGAUCAGCAUAAGGUACAUAAUUAUUAUCUUCCACAGGAAACCAAUGGUAGAGAGUCAAUUUCUUCAUUUCACAUCAACCAUAUAAAGAACCCACUAUACUAUUCUUGACUUGAUGCCAAACCUUGGUGAAGCAAAUUUUCUACAUACUUCGAUGACCUUCUGGCAGAUCUUAACAAAUUCCACAUUUGAAUGUCUUGGUUCUUUCUCUGCUUUCUUAUACUUCACAAAUUAUAACAAUGUUUAGCUAAGGUUCAAGUAAUGAUGUUGAAGGUUGUUCGUUGCAGAUGCAACCUUCCUUAAAAUUCUAAUUGGUGGGAGAACCAGAAGUUGUUAACUAUUGUACAAGUUUAUGAAAGAAAAAUACCACAUCCGUGUUCGACUGUUUUGUUUAA